AUGGAUGCCCACCUCGACAACGUGGUCGACACCCUUGUCGGUGGCGGCGACGUUUCUUUGUCCUCGCGCGACAUUCUCAAGUGGUCUGAGGGCGUCUCGGUGCAUGCCCCCGACCUCAGCGCCAUUCGCGAGCAAACAGAGCGCAGCCUCGACAUGCGCGAGCUCAACUCGGCACUCGACGAGAUUGGUCAAGAACUGCCGCGCAGCACCAGCAUGAGCAGCGCGCACAGCAACUCGCAAGUGUCUGACUCCUUGGCACUCCUGGCACUCGCCAGCCUGGACAAGCACUACUCUGAAGCGCACGCCCCCACGCUCGACGCAUUGGAGGGUCGCGGGCCAACCCCCUCUUCUGCGGCUGUCAACAAACCUGGCUCUUCCGCAGCUGGUAGCGCGGACCGGUCCAGCUUUCGUGACAGCCUGCGCGACAGCGUCCGCGACCGUGUCCGUGACAGCGUCCGUGACGGUCUCCGCGAUGGCCUCCGCGACGGCCUGAGGCACAGUAUGCGCCAGAGCCUGCGCGAAAGCCUUCUCCACUCUCGUCGGAACAGUGGCGACUCAAACAUUGUUGAUGAGCAGCUGCGAUCCUCGCCGGCGCAAGCUCUCCGGACAAGCUCCAACGGCCGGAGCAGCACCAGCGGCCUCGGUGCGUCGUCGUUCUCGACGCCGCCCAACACAUACCGCGCGCACCCGAGCUACCGCGAGCGGCUGGAGAAGGAGGUUCCCCUGUCGCUCCGCAAGUCGCCCGCGGUCCUGGCGCGCCUCAGCGCCCAGGACUCACCCGCGCUGCGACACGCUCGCCGCGGAUCAUCGCCCUUCCUGCCGCCCUGUGCGCCCGAUGCUUCGAUGCUCGAUGCGACGUUCCACCCUCCAGAGAUCGGCGAUCGUACCUAUGAUGUCCUGGAGACCGCGGUGACUACCAACAUGAACCGCAGGAAAGGGUCGGGUCUCGAGAACCUGAAGGCCCUCGUGGCCGAGUCUGCAGCGCGCUUGAGCCCGAGCACAAGCCCCAUCGCAACCUCUUUCCCAUCGAGCAACCGCAAAUUUGACCUUCGCGAACGCUCUGCCGCGACCAUGGACAAGUCGACUUUCAUCCGCCGUGUCCGCGAGGACUCCGAGUCGCCGCUGAAGGAGACGUCACUCCUCGACACCAAGAGCUUUGCUCUGACCCCGCCGCAAGAGCGACGCGAUGCGCUCGCGCCUCUUCCGUCCGCCAGGGCUACUCGCUACACCACGCCCUCUGCUCCUCGCUUCCAGCAGCCGGACCAGACGGACCGCACCGUGGACCUCGGCCGCCUCGUGAACCGGCAGCAGGAGGCGUCGCGCCUUCCGGGCAAUGAUAGCAUCAUGGGCUCCGACCUCGCCGACCUCUCGAUUGACAGCCAAGAGGAAAUGGUGCCCGCCAGCCUGCGACCGAGGCCUCUGCCGCCGAGCAGCUCGAUGCGUAACCUCACCCAGCAGCUCGACUCGCGCACAAUCACGGAGCAGCUGCGCGAGCGCGAGCAGCAGCGGGAGCUUGCUCGGGCGCGCAGCCUCGCGAACCUGACCAGGGCGUCGUCGAUGCGCUCGCUCGAUGCUCGUUCUCCUCGUGUCGAGCGCACGGCGAACGCCGAGGUUCCCAUCAGCAAGCGCAGGGAGCAGCCAUCUGCAGUCCCAACUCCCGGUCGCCGCAUGUCGACCAUGGCGCCGUCUAACGGACAGCGCGCCAGUGCGGCGUCGCGCGGCCCGCUCGGCUUCCCGCGCAGCACUGUGCCUCGCGACCUUGCCCUGGGCACUGGUCCUUCGCGCAUGUCGGCGCCGGCGACCUCAUUCACCAAGCGCACGCUGCCUCCGAGCGAGAGCGCGCGUCGUCUGUCCGCCCUCCCGAGCAGCUCCAGCUCUCGCCGACUGUCCACCGCUCCGUCGUCAUCGACGCUCUCUCGCAGAUUGUCUGCUGUCCCGACGUCUUCCGUGCCGGACACUCCUCGUCGGCAGUCGACUCUGACGCGGCGCCAGAGCAUGCUGCCUCCGCGUAACGAGCGAGCUCAGGCGGCUAACGAGCGCUCCCAGCCUUCUCGCACGUCGACGGUCUCGCGCACCGAGAGCAUGCAGAGCAUGCGCCGGCAGUCGACUCUGAUGACGCGCACCAACUCGUGGAACUCGCAGGGCGAGCCCGAACCCCGCGGCGGACGCAAGUCGAUCCUGCCGGAGCGUAGCGAGAGGCGUCAGUCUGUACUGCCUCGCUCGGGGAGCGCGCAGUCGCAGGAGCGCGAGAGCGGCCACCGCCUGCGCCCCAGCUCGAGCGCGGUCAUCGGGGAGCGCAAGAGCGCUGGUAUUCCGCGCACGACGACGAGCCGCAACUUGGCCACGUCUCCGGUCAAGCGGGCUUCGGCUCCCCCUACCUCUACGGCUCGAGAGGCACUCGGCGCUCGUCGCUCGCUCGCGCCGGCGCCCACUGCCGGCCCGACACCGAGUACCAAGCGCCACAGCAUGCUCCCGUCCACGCGGUCGACGACGACGCUGCGCAAGUUUGCCGAGACCCCGGCAUCCAAGGUCCCCGAGCGUCGCGAGCGCGAGCAGCCGCAGAACGCCCGCACGCGCAGCGACACGACCUCUGCCGUCUCAGCCGCUCCCUCGACCGUGCCGUCGCUGUGCAGCGCGCCGACAAUCGACAGCCGCAGCUCCAAGCUGUCUGCGCCGUCGAGCGAAGCCGAUGUCGAGUGGUUGCCCCCUCUCCCUGAGGCGUCGUUCGAGUGCAAACCCGCCGUGACCUUGACGCAGCCGACGCCGGCCAAGUCGGUCCUGCGCCCGAAGACGGAGACCACUAGUCGCAUCGCCCGCCGCGAGAGCCGCCCUAACCUCGCCUCGGACCUGGGCGCCACUCGUGGCAUCCCUCGUUCCCAGUCGCGCGAGUCGCAGCAGUCUGGCUCUGGCUCUGAGCGUGACGCCCAGAGGCAGCGAAACACUCUCGCCGUCAGCGGCAACAGCAGGGUCAGCGGAGCCAGCGGGAGCAGCGCCGAGCGCCGCGUCUCGUGGAACGAGAGCCUGCGCGCGCCCAUCCGCUCGGGCCACGUCGAGGAGAUGCGCACUAAGUAUGGGCACCGCACGGCGUCUGGCCGCUCGGUCGGCGCCGAGGUUGCCGUGGACGAGAUGGGCCGCGCCGUCUCGGGGCGCGUGCAGGCGAGCACGGUCGGGUCGCUGCGGCGAUUCCGCUAA